AGUUCAUGCUAGUAUAUGUUGUUAAACAGAACUAAAGACGGAGAACACUCAGAACCAGAUCCACUGAAUGGCACACCUGCAGAUCAUUUUGGGGUAGGCGGAGCAUCUUCAAACGUGUCCAAGACAUUGGAGAUAAAGGUUGAGGCACCACAUGUGUUCAGGACACCAGAGAAGAUGGAGUUCCUUGUAGCAGCUUUGAUCACAGUGUGUGUUCUUGUAUCGAGAACCGAUGGUGGUGAGACUUCAGCAGACUGGUGUUAUCACCUGCCAAAAUGUAGUGAUGCCACUUGGCCAUACACUGCCACUAAAUACUGCGCUGGGAAGAGGCAGUCACCUAUCAACAUUGACAGCUCAGCGGCCGAGGCUGAUUGCAGCCUGACUGCCUUUAGUUUUGUUAACUUUGACAACAAAUUUUCUUUGAAAAGCAUCACAAAUACUGGCAGGACAGUGAAGGUUGGCUUUUACCGUGGUGUGAAGAUUUCAGGAGGCGGCCUGUCCGAGGAGUACGACAGCCUGCAGUUUCACUUGCACUGGGGAAAUGGUUUUGCUGUUCCUGGCUCAGAGCACACAGUGGAUAGAAAGCGCUACCCCAUGGAGUUGCACAUUGUCAGCAUGAAGUCGUCAUACAAUGGGAACAUAUCCCUGGCAGUCGCAGACUCCACAGGUCUGGCUGUUCUUGGGUUCUUCAUUGACGUGAGAGCUUCAGGACCUGCUAGUGAACCUGCAAGUUGGACAAAGUUGACUUCGUAUCUGUCCAAAAUUCCAACUAAAGGAGACAUGGCUGGGAUUGCACCAGGUAUUUCAUUGGAUGAGCUCCUGGAAGGGGUGGAUCGCACCAAGUAUUAUCGGUACCUUGGCUCCCUAACUACCCCCAUGUGCAACGAAGCUGUGGUUUGGACCGUGUUCAAGGAGCCUAUUCAAAUAAGUAGAGAAUUGGUAAGUUUUUUUUUAUUUUUUUGGGAACUAAACAGUGACCUAUGUUGUAUUACAAAAAGAGGGACACUACAUUAA